AUGGCGCCGCAAACCACCGCAGCCGGCGGCGUCGAGGAGGAGGCCAGCACUCUCCGGCACCGCCACACCGCUGCCAAGAACGGCGGCGGCGGCGAGGAGGACGGGGUCGCCUCCCAGUCCCAGCCGCUGGCCGCCGAGGGGGAGGGGAACGCGGCGCUGUCGCAUCAUCGUGAUGAAGCUGGGACUCACACGGGGAUCAUCCCCUCGCUCAACGUCUCCGCGGGGCUCCUCGGCUUCUUCUUCGUCCGCCUCUGGACCGCCGCCAUCGAGAGGGUCGGCCUCCUCAAGCAGCCCUUCACGCGCCAGGAGAACACCGUCAUCCAGACCUGCCUCGUCGCCGCCUACGACAUCGCCUUCAGCGGUGGAUUUGGCACAUACUUGUUUGGCAUGAGCGAAACGAUCGCCAAGCAAGCAACAGAGGCUGACAAUCCUCAAAAUGUCAGAAAUCCUCACAUCGGAUGGAUGAUAGGGUUUCUCUUCCUUGCCAGUUUUAUUGGCCUAUUUGUUCUUGUGCCUCUAAGAAAGGUUAUGAUUGUUGACUACAAGCUUACAUAUCCUAGCGGCACAUCAACUGCUUAUCUCAUCAAUGGUUUCCACACGCCAGAGGGUGCCAAGCUUGCAAACUUCCUUUGGGGCUUUUUCCAGUGGUUCUACACUGGUGGAGAUAAUUGUGGAUUUCAGAACUUCCCUACAUUAGGCCUUCAAGCUUAUAAGAACAGGUUUUACUUCGAUUUCUCUCCUACCUAUGUUGGAGUUGGGAUGAUAUGCCCGCACAUUGUGAACGUGUCUGUUCUACUGGGAGGCAUACUUUCCUGGGGAAUAAUGUGGCCUCUCAUUCGCAACAAGAAGGGAGUUGGUACCCAGCCAGUCUCUCAGAAAGCAGUCUUCAUGGACUGCAAGGUUACAGGUGCUCAUUCGCACUACCACUGCGUUUAUAUCAAUGAUGAAGAAAACAGCACACUUCCGGUUUCAAACAAUGGCAGCCCCAUCACUGAAGCUGUUUCCUUUGAUGACGAACGCCGCACGGAGCUGUUCCUGAAAGAUCAGAUCCCCAGAUCAGUUGCCUAUGGAGGGUACGUGGCUGUCGCUGCCAUCUCAGUCGGCACUCUUCCUCAGGUCUUCCCGCAGCUCAAGUGGUACUACAUCCUGGUCGCAUACGUAUUUGCACCUGUGUUGGCCUUCUGCAACGCCUACGGGAUUGGCCUCACCGACUGGUCCCUCGCGUCCACCUACGGGAAGCUUGCCAUCUUAAUCUUCGGCGCUUGGGCUGGCGCGUCCAACGGCGGUGUCCUCGGCGGGCUCGCCGCCUGCGGCGUGAUGAUGAGCAUCGUGUCGACGGCCGCCGACCUGAUGCAGGACUUCAAGACCGGGUACCUGACGCUGGCGUCGCCCAGGUCGAUGUUCAUCAGCCAGGUGAUCGGCACGGCCAUGGGCCGCGUCAUCGCGCCCUGCGUCUUCUGGCUCUUCUACAAGGCCUUCACCGACAUCGGCAUCAGCGUCAGCGAGUACCCGGCGCCCUACGCCAUCGUGUACCGGAACAUGGCCAUCCUCGCCGUGGACGGCUUCUCGUCGCUCCCCAAGAACUGUCUCACCCUCUGCUACAUCUUCUUCGCGGCGGCCAUCGUCGUGAACCUGAUCAGGGACCUGGUGCCGAAGAAGGUCGCCAGGUUCAUCCCAUUCUACAUCGGGUCCUACUUCGCCAUCGACAUGUUCGUCGGCACCGUGAUCCUCUUCGCGUGGCAGAUGAUCAACAGGGCCAAAGCCGACGCGUUCGGGCCUGCGGUUGCGUCCGGGCUGAUCUGCGGCGACGGCAUCUGGACCCUGCCGCAGUCCAUUCUUGCGCUCGCCAAGGUGAAGCCGCCGAUCUGCAUGAAGUUCCUGUCCAGGUCGGUGAACUCCCAAGUGGACGGCUUCCUCGGAAAUUAA